AUGCUUGACGAACUUUAUGAAUAUGCAAAUAUGCCUGGUCAAUCAACUCCUGCUCAUUUAACACCUCCAGCUUCAUUACCCAUUUCUUCAACAACCCCUUCAUUACAACAACUCUUUCCUUGGCUUCCAACAUUCCCUACACUUCCACCCCCUCCACCACUCCCAACAUUAUUUCCAACACCUCCAACACCCCCAACAUUAUUCUCAACUUUUCCCCCAUCUUCAGCUUCAGGAGAAAGAGAUCCACCUUUAAUACCUGGAAAUUCAGUGGAAGUUGCUAAAGAUUUUGCUGAGGCAAAUAAAUUAAUGCGUUCAUUUCUUAAAAUAAUGACUAAAAAUUCAAAAAAAGUAAUAAAAUAUUUAAUAUUAGCCAAAAAAAACCUAAAUAUAUAUUAGCCUCUUAGACCGAUGCCAGCAUUAAAUGAUGGGACAGAAUUGGGAAGAAAUAGGCCUUUAAUGGAUCAACUUUUUGAAAGUGAUAUUCUUUUGACUGCUCGACAAGCAAAAGCGUUAGAGAAAACAAAUAAAUUUUGGAUUAAUUUUUAUUU